AUGAUAAAACGAUCAACAUUGGAAAACACGUAUCGACCUUCUCCAAUCUCAGCACAUCCGUCUAUUCUUCUACUAUUUUUGCGGGUAUUAUUACUAUUCACCACCACUGUCUACGCCGGUCCAACCGAUCGUGUACUACUCGGUGAAAAUGUGGAUUUAAUCGUUUCACAUGGAAGGCAAACGGAACAACGUCUAUUCGGUUCGUUUUCUCCCACAGGACUUAACUACGAAGUGCAAGGGAACAUCGUACAGGUAUCCUCCUUUCGAGCAUGCGAUGCACGACGAAAAGGACUUGACCGAACCUUGUUCGGACAUAUUGCUGUCGUUUUCGUCGAUGAAGUGCAACCAUUUCUCACCGGUUGUGUCGCUUUGGAUAAUCAGGCACGAUUUGUUGAGAAAUCCGGAGCGCUUGCGUUGGUUGUUGGCCCUGCGUCUAGGAUUCAACGGAAUCGCAAACCGAUGAAAGUUCGAGCUUCAAAAAUCCCAGUUGUCGUUCUGGAUGACCAGGAAACACAACGUCUUCGUAAUCAGUUGGCUGAAGCUGGUACUAGCGCCGCUGUCGCUCAUCUUAGGCUCGAUUUCAUUGACCCGAAACCACCGCAUGUGCUGAAAUUACAGGUUUUCCGUCCAAGUCUUCUGAAUCUCUCGCUGAUCGGUUUGCUCGUAGUUUUGGUGAUUUUCAUCACUUUACUGGUGUUUGUGAAGAUUCGAUGGCGACCAACAGCGCAUCGUGAUCUUUGGCUUAGGACUCUUGCGAGAGCGGCAGUCGGAAAGAUGGAAAUUAGAAAAUUCCAAAAGGAACCUUCACGACAACGUCGACGGCCUUUUGCUCGUUUGCGACGUGUACGUUCCACAUAUCUUCCAGUUUUCGGAUCAUUGACCUCUGUAGCUAACACUGCCGGUUCUCAAGAACGCUGCUCUAUUUGCCUUGACGAAUACGCUGAAGGCACGGAACUUCGAGUACUGUUCUGUGGCCAUGAAUUUCAUCCGAAAUGUGUCGAUCCUUGGUUAUUGUCCAAUCGACGAUGUCCUCUGUGUCAAUUCGAUGUCGUAUACAAACAAUAUCCUAAGAUGGAAUCGCUUGUGAAAAAUAGACAGACAUCACCGUCAUCCGAGCACUCAUCACCACUGGAACCCCUGUUACUGGCACCGGUCGCGGAAUCGCCACGAAUUUCUCGCAAUCCUUCCGGAACUCCGGAUCAAUUCCCGCGAUCGUCCCAGGAUCCGCUCCAAGUGGUUCGGGACGUUGCUGCUGCUCGUGGCAGGCGGGUCACGUCACGAGCUCGUUCCCUGCCGAGGAGGCGACCGUUACGGCCACGAGAACACGUCGAAACAGCCGUGAGGCUCGGAGGGUACUCCUCGGACGUUUCAUCACGUUGA